AUGGGUAAUUCACAGUCUAUUGAAAAAGUUGGACAAGCUAUCAAAACUGGUGUUGACAUCUAUAAAACUGUCAAGGGUCAGCAAGACAAACUUAAUCAUGAACAACAACAGUUUCAUAACCCUAAUAACCACGUAACUGCCAGUCACCAUAUUUCUUAUGAUGUGGACGACGAUGAGGAAUAUAUUCGACUGCGUGCCCUUGCACAUGAAGAAGCAGAAAAAAGAAAUAGUUGCUAUGCUAAGAGCCAAGAAGCAUACAAAAAUGGUGAUGGAGCAGAAGCAAAGGAAUUAUCGAAUAGGGGACAUGAACACGAUGCUCUAAUGAAAAAGUAUAAUAAACAAGCUGCUGAUCAUAUCUUUGCAGUGAAAAAUCAAGGCCGCCCAGCGAAUGAAAUUGAUUUGCACGGCUUGUUUGUAAAGGAAGCAUCGGAUAAAGUUGAAGAGGCAAUUCAACAUUGUCAACAAAUUGGCGCAAAGGACCUAAUCAUCAUUGUAGGCAAAGGCUUACAUAGUCCUGGGCAAAUCGCUAAAUUAAAGCCUGCCAUCAUUGAAUUGGUUAAGAAGUACAAGGUGACUUGUCAGCCCAAUAUACCCAACCCGGGCUGUCUUUAUGUUGAAUUCGGUAAAGGUACCGGCGAUCUUUCCUGGUUGGAUCAAAUCACUGACAAGUUGGAUGACCAAUGUGUUAUUAUGUAA